CGGUUUCCCGCCCUCAGUCAGCUGUUCCUCCGUUGUUUGCAAACAGUCCGUCCGCCUGGUCCAUGGUUCCCGCCUCGUCCUCUGCGCCCCUCUAGCUCCUCCACCAUGGGGGAAAACGACAACAGCGAGAUAAUAGAGCACCAUGUCGAGGAGGAGAUGGAGAAGAAAGGCACGAGGAGCCGCACAGCCUCCUCCAGCUUCCCGGGCAGCGUCACUCCGUCCGACAGAGAGGGCCACAGCGGCACCCAGUCCUCCCACAGACUGCUGGCCUACAGCGACGCGCUCAUCUCCAUCAUCGCCACCGUCAUGAUAUUACCUGUUGCACAUACAAAGCUGCAAGGUAAUGACGAGGAGCUGAGGCAGAGUGUUCAGCUUCUGCUGUCAACAAAGAUUGCUGUUUACUUAAUGACAUUCCUCAUCGUGACUGUUGCAUGGGCUGCUCAUAUCAGAUUGUUUCAAGUAAUUGUACGCAUUGAUGAUUGCCUUGCACUGCUGAACCUUGCCUGCAUGAUGCUGAUAACCUUUCUACCGUACACAUUCUCUCUGAUGGCCACCUUCCCUGAGAACAUCCUCGGGAUUUUACUCUUUUGUGGUUGUGUGAUGGUGAUGGGUGUCAUACAGUCGGUGAUUGUGGUGUACGCCUUCAGCCGCCCCUUCCUGUUGAACGAGCAGAUUCAGAUCUCAGAGAACCUAACCGUCUACAAACAUCACAUCCUCAAAGUCAUCAUGCGGGUUCCCCUCAUGUGCUUCCUCGCCAGCAUCUUCUCCUUCAUCCUCUUCCAGAUCUCCUACGUGCUCUUGGCAAUUGUCAUCUUCCUGCCGUACAUCUCUAGGUCUUUGAAGUGGUGUCGCAGCAAAGCAAUUGGGCAGGUGGAGGAGACACCAGACUCCAUUUUGUUUUACACCUUCCUGCCUGAGGAGCCCCUCAGCAAGGAUCGAGUGGAGGCGUUCAGCGAUGGAGUUUACGCCAUCGUAGCAACGCUUCUCAUCCUAGACAUAUGCGAGGACAAUGUUCCAGACCCGACUGUGGUGCAGAAACAGUUUGGCGGGAGCCUGAUAGCAGCUCUGCAGGACUACGGCCCAGAGUACCUCGCCUACUUUGGUUCUUUCGCCACCGUCGGCCUCCUCUGGUUUGUGCACCACUCGCUCUUCCUCCAUGUAACCAAGGCAACGCGCUUCAUGAGCAUGCUCAACACUUUCUCGCUGGCCUUUGUCGGAGGAUUGCCUUUAGCCUACCAGCUAACGCAUGAAUUCCCACGCAACUCUCGCAAUGAACUGGAAGCCAUUCAGAUCAGCUGUGUGAUCAUUUUCUUUGCUGGUAUAUUUCAGCUCGCUAUUUGGGUGGUCGCUCUUUACAACGAACAAGAAACUCUGCACCCUUACGUACGAUAUGGCGGACGCGAGCAUGUGUUUAUGCUAGCUAAGCUAUCUCUGUACCCCUUAGUAGCUCUUGGGACGUUUUUCCUUACUUGUAUUCUGAGUCAAUUUAGUGCCUCGAUUUUCCACCUGAUGGAGAUUACGGUGCCCUUUGCUUUUCUUGUUCUAAGGCUGUUGGUGCGCGGUGGGCUAGCAAUGCUACGGCUAAUUUUCUGUCCUGACAGGCCCGACCAGGGGAGUGUUGUAGAAGAGGAAGAUGACGAGACAAGAGUGCCAUUCAAUGCUUUAGUAACCUAGCUAGCUUAAAGGGAAGUAGCUACAGAAAGUGAAACUUACUCACAGAGCAGUGAGGCAUUGUUCCCUAAAUGCUAGGUCUCUGAAAGAGUAACUGUUAGCGAUUGCAUUGAGAAUCACAUGAAGAGGAUAUUCUUUUUUCAACAUUUAAACUGCUUCUAAUGUUGAAAAGGAAUCUGUGUAAAUGGGAUUAGACACAUAUUAAAAGCCAAAGUAUGGUGGUGACAGGAUGAUACUGAUGGCCAAAGCCUAUAAUUUCAUUUAUUUUCAUCAAACAAUAAUUUAAGAAGAAACUAAUGCUAGUUUUGUUUCGCAAAUCAUCUUAAAACUCUCGAAAGCUAGGUGUUUCAUGACCCAUAAGAUGGUUUUUCACUUUGAUUUUCAUCCUGACGUCCGGAUGUAGCAAAAGGUCAAACUGGGUAAUAGCUGUUUUGUAUACAGGGAUGAAUUGAAGUCAUAUGAGCUAGUUUGAGUCCUAACAUAGCCAUUUAUAGACUUCAAUCAAAGAGAAAGCAAGCAUUUAUAACUAUUACUCGGUUUCUGUGCCAAGUAAAGGUGUAAGGUGAAAAGUCCGUCCAACUGUUUUGGUUCAAAUGUAGCCUUAUCAGCUAUUAAUUUAACCGCUAUUUAUCUAGCAAAGAUUUGCUAAGCAUGUUGCAGAAAAAAAAGACAUGAGCUAAAGUAUUUAAAUAGUCUGUAUAAAACAAGGAAAGGUUGAUUUUUUUUCUUAAUGUUUGUCUGCUCUCAGAUUUUUACAAGAAUGUAAAUGUUGGAGUUCACCUGUUAGCAAACCAGCUAACAGGUCAACGUACACUGAAUACGUAUUAGCACUUUAAACAUUGAAAGGGUAUGGCCAUAACAUGUCAAAUUAUGCUAUCUCACCUUUACAGUUAUGUCCAUGUCGUCAGCUGUUUUAUUUUUAGUAGGACAACUGUGCACUUAAAUCACACUCACAACUCCAUUUGGAAGGAAGAAAAAGGCCAGGUUGUGCAUGGCUUUUGUUUUAUUUCACUUGAAGUCAUGAUUUCAGGUUUUUCUUUCAAUCCUGUCUUAAGUAAUGUCAACUCUGUUAUUGUAUGGUUUUAAAAUCAGAAAACAUUUAAACUGGAAAUGAUCAUUCUUUCUUUUUGUAAACUGUCAAGUACAUUUUUUCCAGAAGGCGUCACUGUUUGUUUGUGCUGUAGUGAUGAUGUGAUUAUAAUGAUGUGUGUUUAAUACUGACCUCAGAGAUACUCAUGUCUGUGACGAGGUGUCAAAUCAAAAACUGUCAACAUUUGUUUUCUGAAUAAAUCUGAAAUAACUCCUUCAAUGUGGAA